AUGUCUGCUUCUGCUGGGAAUUUGGCAUUGGUUUGGGAUGACCUAAAAAGUGGUUUCGACGCUAUAUUCAGGCUGGAGACAAUCAAGAGAAAAAGAUACAUGGAGCUUCAUACUCAUGUUUACAAUUACUGUACAUCAGUCGACCCGAAAUCUCAUGCAACCCCCAGUAGGAAUGCUAUAGAAACUGAACCUGGGGGAAAAUUAGUGGGUUUUGAACUGUACAAAAAGUUGCGCAAUUAUUUAAAGGCUCAUGUUCACUCCUUGAAGCUAAAAGGAAAUAAUCUAGUCGAUGAGGAAACUCUUUCAUAUUUCGAGAAGGCUUGGACAGAAUUUCGUUUUGCAUCCAGAGUUCUGGAUGGGGUUUGUAAUUACUUGAAUAGACAUUGGGUUAAACGGGAAUGUGAAGAGGGACGAAAGAAUGUUUACGUCGUUUAUACACUUGCACUGAUAACAUGGCGCGAACAUUUACUAAAACCUCACGCUAGGGUUUUAAUCAGCGCAAUUCUUCGUGAGAUUGAACGUGAACGACGUGGAGAAAUUUUAUCUACCUUACGACUAAGAAAGAUUAUUGAGUGCCUGGUUGAGUUGGGUAUUACGUCUGACCAACAGUCUUUCUCAACAUCUACGUUAACUGGAACUGCUUCAUCACCUAGUGAACCCUUGCCAUAUCUAAUGAAACCUUUUAAAUCUCCUAAUUUUCCCCCUAAACCUAGUGGUUCUACUUUAAAACCAAAUAAGUCUGAAGUGGAAUCCGGCUUCCAAGGCACAUCAAAUAAAACUACCCCAAAUUUCCGAGGUCCACUUCAUUCCGGAGAUCCAGCGGAUGAAUCGACUCCCAAUACUCCUAGUGCGACAUCAUCAUUGACAUCGGACACGCGAACCAAUCUAUCAGUUUAUCAGGAAUACUUUGAACGACCAUUUUUGACUGAAACUGAACGGUAUUACCGAUUAGAAAGUGCUCAGUUUUUGCAGUCAAACACAGUACCCGAAUACCUUCAAAAAGUGGAAACACGAUUAAAUGAAGAACGUAUUCGUGUUCAAACUUAUCUACAUAUAAGUACACUUCCCAAAUUAAUUAGAUCUUGUGAACAUUAUCUAAUUGGUGAACAUAUUGAUCGGUUAACAUCUGUCUUCUCAGAUCUUUUCAAUGAAGAUAGAGAAGAAGAUAUAUGGCGAAUGUAUCGCUUAGUUGGUCAUUUUCCUAGUGGAAUACGUGUUCUUGUUUCUGUCAUGGAAGAUCAUGUUGCUGAUAAAGGAUGGGAAGCUAUCCGUCAAGUGGCUGAAGCUGCUUUAAAUGAUCCCAAAUUGUAUAUUGAUACAAUAUUAAAAGUUCAUCAAAAACAUUAUAAUCUUGUAUUAUCCGCCUUCGCUUGGGAUCCUGCAUUUUCACGUGCCUUAGAUAAAGGAUGCGAACGUUUUAUAAAUCGUAAUGCUGUCACUGAAUUAGCUGGAAAUCAAAGAAAAUCCCCUGAACUUUUAGCUAAAUAUGCAGAUUUCUUAUUAAAGAAAAGUGCGAAAGAUAUUCAGUUGGAUGAUUUAGAAGAAACACUUGGACAAGUAAUGAAUGUGUUCCGCUAUAUUGAAGAUAAAGAUGUCUUUCAAAAAUUCUAUAGUAAAACACUGGCUCGCCGUUUAGUUUACAAUCAAUCUGUAUCCGAGGAUGCUGAAGCUUCGAUGAUUUCCAAAUUAAAAGAAGCUUGCGGUUUUGAAUACACCGCAAAAUUACAACGGAUGUUUCAAGAUGUUAAUGCUACUAGAGAAUUGAAUGCGAAAUUUUCAGAUUAUUUACAAAAACAAGAAGAAGCCAAUGGAAGCACAAUUAAAGGAACUGAUUUUAAUAUCAUGAUUCUUAGUUCAAACGCAUGGCCAUUUCAAGCUCAAGGACCUUUUUCUAUUCCUCCUGAAUUGGAACAAUGUCAUAAUACAUUUCUUGCUUUUUAUCAAGAACAUCAUACUGGUCGUAAAUUGACAUGGUGUUAUCAUUUAUCACGUGGUGAAGUUGUAACUAAUUAUACUAAAACUAGAUAUAUAUUUCAAGUUUCAACGUACCAGAUGUCUGUUUUAAUGUUGUAUAAUUCAUCAUUAGUGUACACGGUGUCAGCUAUUCAACUACAAACUGGUAUUGAAGAAGCUACAUUAUUACAAAUUCUACAGAUUUUACUUAAAGCUAAAGUAUUGAAAAUUGUAUCCGAUCCAAAAUGUGAAAUAGAUCAAUCAACUGUAAUCAGUGAUGAUUCGAACGAAUCACAUUUAUCACCGGAUACACACUUGGCGCUGUAUACAGAUUAUAAAAAUAAACGCGUUCGAGUUUAUUUAAAUGUUCCUUUGAAAAGUGAAACGAAACAAGAAAUUGAACAGACUUUAGGGAAUGUAGAAUCUGAUCGAAAAUUAAUUGUUCAGGCUUGUAUAGUACGUAUUAUGAAGACUAGAAAAGUGAUGAAACACCAUCAAUUGAUCUCUGAAGUCGUUACACAAUUAACACCUCGAUUUAAACCUACUGUAUUAUUAAUUAAACGAUGUAUUACGGCUCUUAUUGAAAGAGAAUAUAUUAAGCGAGAUAACAAUGAACGAGAUGCUUAUGAAUAUUUGGCUUAA